GAGAUUAAUAAAUAAAGAAAAGAGAAGGGGGGAUAUGAUGGAGGGUAGUAAUGGUAGUAGUAGUAAUGUUCCACCAGGGUUCAGAUUCCAUCCAACAGAGGAAGAACUUGUGGGGUAUUACCUGAACAGAAAGGUUAAUUCCUUGAAGUUUGAUUUGGAUGUUAUUGCUGAUGUUGAUCUCUAUAGGAUUGAGCCUUGGGAUAUUCAAGAUAAAUGCAAGUUGGGAGGACAUGAGGAGCAGAAGGAGUGGUACUUCUUCAGCCACAAGGACAGGAAGUAUCCGACGGGGAGCCGGACGAACCGGGCGACGGCCGCCGGAUUCUGGAAGGCGACGGGGCGGGACAAGGCGGUGGUGGCGGCGAAGGAGGAGAAGAUGAUAGGGAUGAGGAAGACAUUGGUGUUUUACAAAGGUAGAGCCCCAAAUGGCACCAAAACCCAUUGGAUCAUGCAUGAAUAUCGCCUCCAAUCUUCUCUCCAUGCACCUACCCAGGAGGAAGGAUGGGUGGUAUGCCGUGCAUUCAAGAAACCAAUCCCAAAUAACAAUAGGCCAGUAGGAGGAGAUGGAUUAUAUGAUGCAAAUUGUAAUAAUUACUACUACCUUAGAGACCACCACCACCACCACCACAAUGGUUGUUCCCGGCAGCCACUGCCGCCGCCGCCGCCACCAGCAACCACAUUUUUCUCACCGCCACACCAUUUCAACCACCUCAACGACUACGACCAAAUCGCCAUCGGCCCCAUCGUCCCCACGGCGGUCACUAGUCACGAAGAUCACCAUCAUCAUCAAAAGGAAUUUGACAAGAUGAAUGGUUAUGCAGAUGAUCAUAAUAAUGAUCCUCAGAACCUCGCCGCGAUGAUGGUCCCCUCCUAUUCAUUUGCUAAUAUGCCGCCGCUGCUCAUGCGGCAUGAUGAUGACCAUGACCACAUGAGUCAUCUUUUUGGGUGCUUCCCGGAUUUAUAGCCCGGUCCGAUGGGACCGGGACAUAUAUAUAUAUAUAUAUAUAUAUAUAUAUAUAUAUAUAUAUAUAUGCUUAUAUAUAUUGACCAUAGUGAUUCCAAUACAAAGAGCGAAGUAACACGUCCUGUAUACUUGCUGACUAAUUGACAUUUCUACCACGAUCGGAGAGACACGUUUCAAUACUAGAUGUUCAUGAAUGAGUCUCAACUAGACAUAUGGAACUUAAAAUGCUCAAACAAUGGUCAUUUUAGGUUUUUUCGAAAAAAAUAGACUUCUAUACAUAUCUAUAUGUGUUUACAAAGGUAUUCAGUAUUUAUUAAAGGGUUCAUUCAUUC